GUGCAUCUUUCCCCAAAUAUACCCAUAUUUUUUUCCCCCCAUUCGAUCAAAUUUUUUUUCAAAAGAAGGAUCAAAAAUUCGCCUACAAGCUGGUGAAAGCAGUGAAGCACAUGCAAGGGCGUCAAGCGCGCUUAGCCUGUAAUUAAUUUUUGUAGCAAAAAAAUAUUUCGCCUCGCUUGGACAGCCUUGCGCAGGGAGGAGGGAGUGGAAACGCAAAAGUGUUUUUCUCACUGUGCAAUUGAGUUAUGAAGUUACGCCCGCGCUGUCAACGCAUGCAUGUGUUCUCGAAGAUGCCUACUCCCUUUUGGCAGUUUAUCCCGCUCUUUUCAUCCUCUUCAAAUCGUCCACCCCCCCCAGGCUCGUGUGUAGAAAUAUUCCAAAACGCGGCGGCGAACGGAGGCACGUGUAAUGAGCGCGCCUGCUUGGGAAAGGGAAAUUUGCCUUGUGGAAAAAAAAAAGCUUCCACGCGGAAGUAGUGCUUCCAAGCGGUAGUCACGCUGCACUCCCGGAAGAGCUGUGUUGACAAUUCUUCCUCCACAGUAUGCAUGUUUGCCUCCCGAAAGGCGCAACUGUGCUGAAGCAAGACCGCUUCCCCCUCCCCUAGUGUAACCGCAGCGCUUAUCCCUUUCAUGCGCAUGUGUGCAAAAGGGGGGGCACAAACCGUCAGCGUUUUUAAAAAGGGAGGGAGUUCCUCGGCAGUGCGAGCAUAUUUGAGUGGCAAAAGGGAAGAGGGGAGCAUAAAAAAAAGAGAAAGAAAAAAACUGCCCAUAAGAAACCGCGUAACAGGGGAAAGUCACAUUAACAUGUGCAGGCAGAAUGAAUAACUCGUACGACACGUACAACUACUCAAGUAGUAUCUUUAACAGCCCCGGGAAGUCAUCCAUGUUGAGCUCCUCUUCGCAAAAUUUAAGCGGCAGUUACGGCUACAGCAGUUUGAGUUCGCAAAAUGAAGUGAUAAACACCAUCCUGGAGCAGUGUGUGCAGGAGUGGUUCCCCUUUUUGAGGGAGCAUGAAGGUGGGGGAACGAAAGGGGAGGGAAACAAACGAACCAACGUAAAUGAAGAAAUAAAGAGGCUAAAGAAUUUCUACAGGGGGGUCAACACCCCCAACUUCCCCCUGAAAAAACUGGGGAAAAUGGACAGGAGCAUUUCUAGCUUGAAUGAUGAAAAUGACGAUGAGGAUAUUUUCUACAACAGCAAUAGUUUGUAUAUGAAUUUGCUCAGCGGGGGAGAGGAGGGAGGAGAAACCAGGCAUGAGGGGGGAGCAGCCAGGCAUGAGGGGGGUGAAGAAGACGAUGCCCUCUUCAACCAAGCGUUCACCAGAGCAAAAGACAACACGCGGGAAGAGAGCGAACACGGCAUUAGUGGGAGAAAUGCGCUCGAGGAGAACCUCUUUUAUGACUGCAUAGCGGAAAGGGAGGGCGCGCACAAUAAAGGUGGCAACAUGGACGCGAUGGUCAGCGCGAAGGUGUGCAAUCGAGAGGACCAGCUGGGGGAAGGGGAAGCCCCCGUGUGGUCACUGCAAAAGAUAAGGAACCACAACGAAGAUGAAAAGAAAAACUUUUAUCUGCAAAAGUGUAGAGAUCAAAUGAGCGAGAAAAAGGAGCACAAGGUGAAGCAGCCCCUCGCGUUAUUGCAAUGGGGGAAGAAGGAAAACGACAACGACAGCGACGACGAUCAGCAAGGUGAGGAGGUGGAGGAGGAGAAAUACAAAUUGCUUGACCGGGUGAACGAACCCAGCGGGGGUAGAACCAAUCGUAGUGAAUAUAACAGCCGCGAUACAAGCGCGGUCAACUCCCCGCAGAGCAGAACACGUGGGGAGGAGGAAGAAGAGGAAGAGGAACAGUGCCCACAGCGCAAGAGCGACGUGAGAGACCCCACUGCGCAGCGACUGAGCAGCAAAGAGGAAGACAUAACCCCCCAAGGUUACCUAUCAAGUGGGAGGAAGGAAAGAGCAUCAAAGGUGUCCAAAUUGGCUGAUUCGCAGAACGGGGGAGAUAACUGCUCGAACAGGGAGUCGGUUCCCCGGGAGGACUACUCCAAUAAAAGCAUAAACUGCAUCAUUCAGGAGAUAAAAAAGGAGGAAUCGAAGGAGAAAAAGUUUACCAUGGAUUCCUAUGGAACUGUGUACCUGUCCAUAUGCACGAAAGUUUUAGAAAAAAACGUGGACUAUUUCUUAACCCCCAGAAUGUUACCCAAUGAGGAACUAUUAAAUGAAAAAAAAAAAAUUAAAGAGAUUUUAAAACUUUACGAUAAGCUAUUUUACAGCCACUUUAAAUUUAUCCCAAACAAGAUUUACAAGGAAACGCUGAGACCUAUUUAUUCGUACUACCAGAACUUGAAAUGUACCCUCGUAGGGGGGGGAGCGUCAAUCGGCUCGUUCGAUGGCAAGUCUAGAAAAAGCUGCUCGCUAAGCAGGGACUACGAAAUUGAAAGAAGCACCAAUUACAACUCGCAUGACGAGAUGAAAAGCUUCGAGAGUAGGCCCGCCGACAGUUCGGAGUGCAAACCUGUGGGGAGCUCCUCCAGUGCGGAGUACAAACCUGUGGGGAGUUCCUCCAAUGUGGAGUACAAAAAUUUGGGAAGCCCCUCCAAUGUGGAGUACAAAAAUUUGGGAAGCCCCUCCAAUGUGGAGUACAAAAAUAUGGGGAGUUCCUCCAAUGCGGAGUACAAAUCUGUGGGAAGCUCCUCCAAUGUGGAAUACAAAAACUUGGGGAGCUCCCCCAACGCGGAGUACAAAAACUUGGGGAGCUUCUCCAAUUUAAUAAACGACCAGAACAUUAAGAAGAUUCUGAUCGACGUGGACGACAGCAAAGACAUAACUCACUUGGAAAAAGAAUACAAAUAUAUUUACAAAGAUCUGGUGAAGCUAAAAAGUCUGCUGCUGAAAAAAAGGCAUUACAAAAACAUACUCUUCGAAUAUCAAAAAAAAUUCGUUCAGAAUAACAACAGGUGUGUCAAAACGUACAGAGAUAUAUACCCCGUGGAGAAGGAGUAUAAAAUUUACACCCAAAUUAAGAAGGAAACGGGGGACGUCAUCAACAGCAUUAAUGCCAAUUAUAAGAAGCAUUAUUUGAAUGGCUGAUUGGGGUGAACACUCCGGCGAUAAGGGGCUGCCUUUCGCUUUCUCCACCGCGUUU